CUUAGUGAUUCAUACCUUUGGAUUUGCCGUAAGGUUGAAAGGUAACACAGGUGAAAUAUUUUUCAGUACUCAAUAUCAAGAGAACUACAUUAUGGUUUUAAUUUCUACGUUGUAGCGGUGUGUUAUAAUGAGUGAUCAGCGAAAACGCCGAGUGAAUUCAGCGGGGAAAUGCAGGCCGAAUAGCACUAGUGACAACAGGAAAAACGAUAGAGAAACUGUAAUCGGGACGAACUCUGCCAGUAGUAGGACGAAAAUAUCCCCCAGUUCGUCGAAUUAUAAGAGUAAUUUUCAACGUACCAACAGUUAUGACAAAGUACGGACAUUAGUUGAAAAAGAAGGUAGAAUAGCUCGGAAUCUGGUUGUGUGGAAUGUACCGUUUGAAGAUAGUGACGACAGUGAUGGACAAGCUAAAUCAAGAUCACCGCGUAAAUUCAAACCAAGAAGCCGAACCACAUCACUUGGAACACAGAGGAAAGCUACCAAGUCAUCCAGAGAUAGUGCAAGUGGAAGAAGUAGAGCAGUGGUCAAACCAGGCUCACCGGUCAAACCGGCUAAAAAGAUAGACCUACGUGCCAGAUACUGGGCAUUCUUAUUUGAUAAUUUGGAACGUGCUGUGGAUGAGAUAUACCAGACAUGUGAAGUUGAUGAGAGUAUUGUGGAGUGCAAGGAGGUGAUUAUGAUGCUCACAAACUGUACCAGAGAUUUUGACUCCUUGAUAGAAAGGAUUCGUUUACAGACUGCAUUUGAAAAAGCUGAUGCAGAGAAUAGACCAACUUCUCUUGCGUGGGAAGUUAGGAAGUCCUCACCAGGUAAAUCCCUGGUAGCUGGCUCCUCUGGAGACAGAGGUUCCCCUAGUCCGGUGAAUAGAAGUCUGAAUUUCUCCUCACAGGGCACCACCAAACCAGGAGUUUCAUUCAACUCACAAUCAGGUGGUUUAAGCUGGGCUGAUAAAGUUAAAGGAUCAGUCACGGUGAAGUCAUCAGUGGAAACUCAAGACAAAGAGAUCGUAGGAAACCAAGGCCAGAUAGCCAAGGAGGUGGAAGAUGGAGAUGGCUGGGAAACUGUACAGAGAAAGGAAAAGGGAAAACAGAAUAAAUGCAGACAGUUACAACAGAGUUCACCAAAGCAGUGGGAAAGUUUUAAUAGCGGAAAUCGUGAAUAUCUUAAAAACCAUGUCAGUAAUACAGAGCCAAGUAGAUCUGUAAGUUAUGAAGGAAGGACUAGAGUGGAUAGUGAGAAGGAAAACCAACCAAUUAAAAAUACAGAAGAUUUGAGUGUCAGAGUUGUGAAAAGUAUGGGUGAGCUGGAAAAACAGUUGAAAUCAUCUUUAAAAUUAGAAAUAUUAACUACAGAAGAAAAUAGUCUAAAAAAGACUAACCUUGUUGAUUCAAAAGAUGAGAAUGCACAUGGAGUUGAAAAACUUGUGGAAUGCAGUCCUCCUAAAGAAGGAACAGAGCAUGUUGUAACCUCUGAUAACGAAAUGAAGCAAGAAGAUGAUGAACUGGCAUCUCAGCUGCAAAGUGCUAUGGUGGCAGUACUUGAUGAAGAAGAGACGUUAACUACACAAUUAGAGAAAUGUCAAGAAGAGGCGAUGGCGUCUGCAAUAGAAGAGGAAGAAAAACUUUUCAAAGAAAUUGAAGAAGAAGAGAAUAAAGAAAUUGUAGUUGAAACAGAAAAUGAAGAGGAAAGUGAUCUUGGGAAUACUAUGAGCUCCUUGGAGUUGUCUCAAAAGACGUUGGACUGGGGUGAUAUCAUUGAUCAGUAUGAUAAACGAGAGACAUCAUCUUGGGGUGAUAUCGUAGAGUCAACUGAGAGGUCACCAGGUCAUGCAUUACAUAUGCAUGAGAAGUUGUCGUCACCAUCAAGAAAAAGAAUAAGAACUCGUGCUGAGUCACAGAGAAUCCAUGAAGAGAAACAGGCCAAGGCUCAACAGCUACGAGAGAAAUUGCAAGAAGAAAAAGCGCAUAAAUUGCGAAUGCUUAAUGAAAGGAUAAAUGAAGUGAGAGCCUGGAAGAAUGUAAUUCAUCAACAACAAAAGAAGGAAAUGGAAGACAAACUUCACAAAGCAGAAGAGAAAAGAACAUUACAGUUACAGGCUGUCAUAAAAAAAGCACAGGAAGAAGAGGCAAAAGUGAAUGAGAUUGCAUUCAUCAAUACACUUGAAGCUCAAAACAAACGUCAUGAAAUAUUAACACGAUACGAACUGAAUGAAGCCAGGCUGCAAGAUAUAGUGGAGGAAAGACAAAGAAGACAGGAGGAGAAAGCUGCAAAAGAAGAGGCUGCACAGGAAAGAAGGCGUGCCUUAGAAGAGGAAAGAUUGGCUAAAUUGGAAGCCAUGCAAAGACAUAGAAAAGACCAAGAAUCUAAGAUAACUGAAAUAAAAUCGCAACGAGAUAUGGCAAGGGAAGAAACUGCUAAAUCCAAAGCCAGAGAGAGAGAAAUACGUCUUGCUGCAUUGGAUGCUGCACAGAAAGCCAAAGAGGAGGAAAUUCAGAAGAAAAUACAACAGAAGCAUGACCAAAGCACUAAGAGACACACAAAACUGAUAGAAGAGAGACGAGAGAAAGCAAUGGAGCUCAGUACACUUCGUAAUUUCGCAACUACUGAUAUUGUACCACAGCAGACACCCUACGAGAAAAAGAAAUUUUGUUCUGUUUGUAGCGUAUUGAUUUCUUCUGAGGUGUACCUACUCAGUCAUUUACAUGGAAAGAAACACAAACAAACAAUACAAGACAGUUUGCAAGGCAAGACAAUGUCAGAGGAAGAAAUGGAAAACCAUUCUUGGAAACAAAUCAUCAAUGCACCAGAAGCCAGAAGUGAUCCACAAAUGGUGGCUGAAAAGGAGAGACAAAAAACAUUUCGCAAGAGAGCCCGAAAGAUUCGACAGAGAAUGUCUUCCAAGGGCAAGGAUUAUGAUAACAACCUCCAUCAGUGCAAGCCACUAGGAAGCGAUUCAGAAAACAGAGCUAAACUUCAGAAAGCUGUGAAAGAUAUCAAUAAGUAUUUACAGACUCAGGGAAGUGGUCCAUGGCCAGUGAACAGAGUAUCAGCACUGGACAGAGCUGUGGGUGAAAUCAGCAGGAUUCUAGAUAAGAAGGUUCAGGCAGAUCAGUUAGCUUUACAGUCCUGUGGUGGUCUCACUGCAUUAUCUAGAAUCAUGUUGGUAAUUGGUGAGUCAACGGAAGUCAAACCGCUUGUUAUUCCCACCAAGUCCCUAUGCAAUGCUGCUAAUGUUCUUAAAUUAGCUUGUAGAAAUUGUUUCGAGAACUGUCAAUACAUGUUAUAUGGUAAUAAAAUGGGACCAAUGGUUGACAUGUUAAUGCAUAGAUUGAAUUUUUUAUUAGGAGGCGAAAAGUCUGAGCAAACAACGAGCAGCAGUAGCAGCUCAACACAUUCCGAGUCGGCAAAGCUGCCGAUAGAUCUUGUUGCAACGGGACUAAUGCAGCUAAUCUCCACCGUGUUGCAUUGCCUUGCUAAAAACAUCACACUCAGUAGUAAGACUACAAGUCCUAAAAGUACCAGCAAAUCCGUUGGUGCUACGAGAUGUGCUAGCAAGUUAGACGUCUUACAACAGUGGGGAACAGAUAUUGUCAGUUAUUUGGUGUCUGUGGGCGUAUUGGAUCAGCUAACUUUAUACUUUAAUAGCGUACAUGGUCCCGUUGAUGAGGAUCCCAAGUCAGCAGAUUUUAUACAGCAUUGUUUGGGAUUACUGGUUGCUAUGACUCGGUUUAUCAUGACAAAAUCCUGCAAUGUGUUUGAUGAGAGCAAAAGAGAUGAUCCAACACAACUACUAAUCACGUUGAAAUUUACCGAGUUUGCUGGUAUUGUGUCCAUGCUGUAUGGGAUAUUACUGCAUGGUGGCGCACCAGCUAGGAAAAGUAACUUCAUACCACCCGAGUUGCCAGAGCAUACCUUAAAUGUUGUCAGCACAGGACUUAAAAUGCUAAAUACUUUUGCGGUUAUAGAUCUUAAAAUGCUACAAGGUGUACUCGGCCAAGAAGGAAUAUCGCUUGAGUUUCGUCACAUUGCGACCUAUCUUCUGUGGUAUUGCUCUAACUGGCGUAAAAAUGAAGAUCUGGUGCAUGAAGUCAUCCUUCUUGUUGGAUAUUUCACGGUUCUCAACCCCGAUAAUCAGCUUAUCGUUCAGCUCGGAAACACACCGACUCUACUCCAACAGCUGUGCAGUUUACCGUUCCAGUAUUUUAGCGAUCCUCGGUUGAUGAAUAUACUAUUCCCAGCUUUAAUAGCAUGUUGCUAUGGCAAUGUUGCCACCAAAAAGAUACUUGAACAAGAAAUGAGUUGCUCACUUUUAGCAACGUACAUCGAGGAAAAAACAAGAGAAAAAGAAAAGCUGAAGCUUCUUCCAUCGGUUGCCAAAACUAAAGACAAAGAAAAAGACAAAGAUGGUUUGUCAAGAAUGAUGUUAGAGUCCCAGAUUUCCAGAAACAUGGUGGGAUCAUGCCAAGAAGUUCUUUGAAGAGAAAUGACAACAAAGAUCUCUGCUGUUAUAAUCUGUUAUGUUUUUCUUUUCAUACAUGAAAAAAAAAAAGUGUUCUGUAUGCUUCCCACUCAUUGGUUCUCACUGUUUAUGCAAAUUCUGCACCUGUCAUUAACUAAUCAGAAAGUGCUUUGACCUGCUGCAUAUUUUUAUUGUAAUUACCAUGGAAACACCCUCGGCAAAUAGCAAUGAAUGUUUUUGUUUGACUGUUUCCAUGCUUUUUGUUUCUAUGCAUGUAUGAUCAUGCUUACCAUAUUAGUUCUAUUAAAAACACAAAUUGCCAAUAGAACGUCACAGAAACCCCCAAACUGUCUUCACUGUAUACCCGAUCAUUGAUACCUGUCAUUUUGGGUAAAUGUAUGCACUACAAAUAGAGCAAACACGGCAUUACAAAACACCACAAAAUGCACGCUCAGACAUUACACGGUCACAUGGACCUGAUUUAUGUGUGUCAACUUGGUUUAUUGACUUUGUGCACAUGCUGUGGAGUUUAUGCAGUAAAACGUUCAUAGUACUGCUGUGUUGUAUACGCUUCACAGUGCCCUGAGGUAUUAAGUAAUUCGUCAGUACUAUGACUUUAAUAUUCACCCAUCGUUCCACCUUUGUAGUUGAUGCGUUCUAUCUAAGUAACCAUGUAUC